AUGAAUGGAAUCGCUAUUCCACGGACAUCAACUCAAUCUACUGUACAUGAGAUCGUUCAAACUAUUCAAUCAUACUCUGACCUAGAAUCACUUCAUCCAUUUUCGUUCUAUCCAGAAUUGGAACCAACUACAAAAGCUGUUAGCAAAGAUAAAUCGAUUGCUUAUACAAACCAAAACAAAGUGCAAAAUUAUCAAGAGUCCGAUGUAUAUCCAAACUCAAAAGUAUUGGACUACAGCUCAAAUUAUCAAACUUUACAUUAUGAUGAAUUAGUUAGAAAAUCACCGGAAAAGCAUAAUUUCAUAAUGGAUUCAAAUGUUAGGCAUAGUUUACCAGUAUCAUCUUCAUCCUCUUCGGAUCGAUUAUUGACAAAUCAACAUCUACCACAAAAACAUAAAAAGAAAUUACAAUUAUUACAUGAAGCUCAAUUAUUAUUGGAAAAAGCACAACAGAGUAGAAAUUGGGCACCGGUAGUCUCUCCACCUCCACCACCACCUGUGCAACCACUUAUAACUGGAACUAUAAAUAGUCCUGAAGAUAGUCAUAUACCUUCACCGAAUUUAUCUACGUGGUCUUCACAAUUAAGUCCAUCAAGAUCAAGUUCACACGAUCCGACUGAUGUACUGAAUCAUCAUCAACAUAAUCUAUCCUAUGAAAAUCAAAAAUCUCCUGUUGCACAAUUUCAUGAGGAACCAAUCGUCGAUCCGCCAUUUAACAAAUCUCCAAGAUCUGACUCGACUAGGUUAGUAUCUAUGAUUGGCUCUAGUCAAGAUAGUUCUGGUCCUAAACAACGUAUUGUAUUAAAAUUAUCACGAUCGAGUUGUGGCAGUCAGUUGUCUGUUUCAUCUUCACAACCACUCGAAGAUGAAUCUAUGGAGAGAUCGGAAAGAAAAAAACGUAAAAAAGAACCAAAGAACGAACGUCGUAGUAAGAAUUGGAGGAGCUCGCCUACAAAACAUUCGUCUGAAUGUCAUAAUACUACUGUAGUGACUACUACUAAUACCACUAAUGUUUAUACUUUGAAUAAAGAUAUAAUUAAUACUGUCACAAACAAAAGUAAACAAGCUGUACAAAUAUUUUCUUCGGAAACAUCACCUUCAUUAUGUAAAAGAAAUUCACCAAGAAAGUAUUCAUCUCAUGAUACAUAUUCAAAUGAUUCAAGUCCUGAAUUAACAUAUAAUUCACGUAAAUCUACACUAAGUAAAAAAAUUUUCUUUGAUAACAAUAAUAAUAAUAAUAAUAAUCAGAAAACCUUUGUAGAUGCUGAUGAACACGAUGAUCUAUUUAAAUAUAAUCGAAGAAAUUCAAAUCAACAAUAUUAUCAACAAUAUUCAUCGGUUAAUAAUAUACAACAGGAUACAAAUGAUACAUUUACAUCCGAUAUUGAUUCAUUAUGUGAUUCUGUUAGUCGAUCAACUCAUUCACAUUUACUUCUUAUUGAUCAAAAAGAUGAUCAUGAUGAAUCCGGAAGAGAAACUCCAGUAGUUGAUUAUUUUGGUGAUGAAUUUCAACAACAACAACAUAAUCAGAAAGAUCAACAACAUUCAUCUGCAUUUUCAUCGUCAACAAUUGGAUCUUCAUUGAUGGUAAGAAAUGUCAAAUAUCCUGAUGAAAUAUCUAUUGUUAAUAAUCGAAAUCGUAUCCAAUCAAUUAUUAACAAUGAUACUAAUAGUAAUAAUAGAUUAGAUGAUUUAGGAGAACCAUUAACACAUUCAGUUAUUGUUAAUACAAGUAGAGAAUUAUAUGAAGAAUUUAAUGAUUUUACAUCAUUAUCAAAAAAUUGUUCAACUUAUGAACAUUCUAAUGAUCAAGAUGAUAUAAAACGAAAUAAAUUCAAUAUAGAUGAAAAAAUCAAAUUAAAACAAUUAAAUAAUAAAUUAAAGCAUAAAAAUUCUUUUAAUUCAUCAAUUAAACUAUUAUCUCAUACAGGCAAGAACCAACUAGAUCUUGAAAGAUCCACUGACUCAACAAUCCGGGUACCACCACCAGUAAAACAGUUUAAAAUAUCAGAUCAUUCCAAUUCGAUGAAUAAUAAUUGUCAGUCAAAAUCACUUAGUAAUCUCGAAAGUCAUUCAGCAGACGUGUAUAAUAGAAAAAAGCCAGUUGCGAGAAAAUUCAAAUCUCAUGAUAGCUCGUCUUCUUCUUCUUCUUCUUCUUCUUCAUCAUCAUCAUCCUCUUCGUCUUCAACAACAUCGUCAUCGUCAAAACGAUUGGAUAUACCUGCAGUUGAUCAUACUACAUUGUAUGAAAAUUCACCAACCAUUCAUAAAACAAAAGACAAUGAGUUGAAAAAUAUGGGUAAAUUUAAAACAAUUGAGAAGUCAUCAGAACAACUGCAACACUCAUCAAAUAAAAUGCUACCCAGCAAUCAUGAAACAUGGAAAUCAAUAACAGUCUCCGGUACACAUAAAUAUGCUUCGAAAGCUUUAUAUCCCACUGAGAAUAAUAAGCAAAAUAAUAAUGAACAAUUGAUAAUGAGAGAACAGUCAAAUCGGGGACCUUCCAAUAGUUCCACUUCAUUCGACAAAGUCAGUAACGACAGCAAUAACAUCGCAACAUCAACUGUGUCGCGAAUCGAUAAUGACUUUAUUAAUACAGAGUUAUCAUCUUUAUCUUCGGAUUCACCAUGUGAUUCUUCAUCAUCCUCUGUCACUCCACCAAUGUUAUCUAAUGAAACUUUUCAUUUGAUAAGUGUGAACGAAGUUGAAUUCGAUGAAUCUCAAAGUGGUACUGUAAACAACUCAAAAUCAAGUGUAAACAAACCUAUUGCGACUCCGGCUUCUCUACUCUCGGUACGUGGAUCAGAAUCUGUUGUCGUACAGGAGAAAAACGAUACAAAUCCCACCAGUAAAGUAAUCUCAUCUAAUAAUAAUAAUAGCAAGUUGGAAAGAUGUAUGAAUCUUGAUCAUCAGGUUACUUCUGCAAACGUUGACAACGAUAAUUCAGAAUCCACAAAACCCAGUGAUUAUAAUUUGGAAGUUUUAUUCGAUAGGUUAAUUCGUUUACGUGAACCACAUCUAGCUAUUCGUAUGAGUGAAAUCCUGUUAUACUACAUAUCUGCAAAACCACUUGAUUCUUCAGAACGUAAAAAUAAGUCAAAUCUCAGUGCAUCCAAUAAUAAUAACAGUAGUAAUUUUGGCAAGGGUGUAAAAGUGAUACACAAUAACCCUAAAUUGAUUGCAUUUGACCUGCGUAAGUUACCUAAUUCAUGCAUUGAAAAAUUAACAGCUCUUAUUAAGGAAGAUGAAGAUAUAUUUCGAAAACACAAUUUCACAACUCUGUCUAAAUCAAAUGAUAUAAAAAAUAGUAUAUGUAAUGCUAGAAGACCUGUUCUCACUGAAGACGUUGGCCGUAAUGAUAACUUUCAUAAUCCCGAUAGGCGUUAUGAGUGCAGUGAUCAAAGAGAUUCCUCAGGAUCUGGAGAUCCAUAGUGAUUUUACUUUACGUUUGUGAUAACCCUUCAUCUCUUCGAUAUUAAGACGAUUGCACAUGUAAAGUGAUGCCAAGCUUUUCUGCUUUGUACAUUAUAUUUCCGUAUUUACCUAAUUUCUACGUCUUUCUUGUCUUAUCAUUAUUUUGUGCACAGAUACGUGUUUUAGUUUAUUUGCUUUUCUGAAAACAAAACUGUACAUAUACUCGAAGUUUUCAAAGUUUCUUGUACUUCGCUGUUCGUCUAACUUGCUCAAAAUACAUGUCAUUAAAUGAUAUGCAUUCGUAGGAUUUUGUGUUGUAUUUCUGGUUUUCUGCAAUUUUUCACACUUAAUGCCUUACAGUAAAAUCUUAGUAGACACUUCAGUGCACAAAGCUCUUUUCUAUCAUACAAAUUUCAUUUCGAGA